CUGUGUUUACAAAAUGUACAGUUAGUAGCUUAUUUCCGGUUGUGUAUGUGUUUACAUCCACAUAGAUAUCAAGCUUUAGAGCAAAAACAAACGACUGACAGUACUGCAUUAAUAUAAAGAAAUUGUUCUUAUGCGGAAAUUUGAUUGUUGCAAAAUAUGUCAUUCAUUGUAGAUUCUUGCAUCAUGUUCUUAUUGCAGACCAUAUUCUUUGGUGGAGGCUGGCUGUUUUUCUUAAAAAUCUUGUACAAGAAUUAUGAGGUCCAUCACUCCGGAGUAUUGCUGAUGUUUUCCACAACGUUUGCAUUGUCCUGCACCAUGUUUGUCCUGAUCAUCUUUGAAAUCAUCGGCAUCAUGGAUUCAAGUUCUCGGUAUUUCCACUGGAAGUUGCAGCUUUUUGUGAUUCUCUUUGUGCUGAUAGUCCUCCUGCCUGCUUACAUUGGAUUCUUUGUUCUAUCCAACCUCAGACUGGUCCCCCAGAAGCCCCACAUUCAAGUGGCCCUGACCUUUGUGUCCUGGUGUGUGUUCCUGUACUUCUUCUGGAAGAUUGGAGACCCCUUCCCCAUACUGAGCCCCAAACAUGGCAUAUUUUCCAUUGAGCAGUGCAUUGGGAGAGUGGGCAUCAUCGGUGUAACAUUGAUGGCUAUCCUGUCAGGUUUUGGUGCUGUCAACUAUCCAUAUACCUCAAUGUUCUGCUUCAUCAGGCAUGUGACGGACGCUGAAAUCCAGGGAAUCGAGAAGCGACUCAUGCAGACUAUGGAUAUGAUCAUGUUGAAAAAGAAAAGAAUAGCUCAAGCCAAACGGGAAAAUCUCCGCUCAGCGGGGCAGAAAAUUGGUGGAGGAAUCUGGGGCAUGCUGAAGACUGUGGGUUCACCGUAUGGCGGUUCUACAGAGAAUAUAAGCCAGUUGAAGCAAGAAGCAAGUGGUUUAGAAGAGUUGUCACGGCAAUUAUUUUUGGAAACAGUUGAUCUACAUACCACCCAGGAGAGGAUGGAGUUUUCCAAAACUUUUAAAGGAAAAUACUUUAACUUCCUGGGCUACUUCUUCAGCGGUUAUUGUGUGUGGAAAAUAUUCAUAUCCACAGUAAACAUCAUCUUUGACAGAGUAGGAAAGGUGGACCCAGUGACCCGUGGCAUAGAAAUUGCUGUCAACUACCUUGGAAUACAGUUUGAUGUGAAGUUUUGGUCCCAGCAGAUCUCCUUUAUAUUGAUAGGCAUUAUAAUAGUAACUUCCAUCAGGGGUUUAUUGAUCACCUUAACAAGGUUUUUCUAUGCCAUAGCAAGCAGCAAAUCCUCCAAUAUAAUAGUCCUGUGCCUUGCACAAAUAAUGGGAAUGUACUUUGUAUCAUCCGUGUUACUCAUGCGAAUGAACAUGCCUCUGGAAUACAGAACAAUUAUAACAGAGGUACUGGGCGAACUACAGUUCAACUUCUACCACCGCUGGUUUGAUGUGAUAUUUCUUGUCAGUGCACUCUCCAGUAUUGGUUUCCUUUAUAUCGCCCAUAAACAUGCAUCGGACACCAUUAACUAGACUUAGUGCUGCCAUUUAAACACAUAAUUGUUGGGUUUUGAUUUAAACAAAUAUGUAUUGGGUUUUAUUUUUUAAAUGAUUAUGUUUGUAUGCAACUUACAUCUGGCCUUGUAUUCACCAACAAAUUCUUAGACAUCAUCUGAAAAUAAAGAAUAUUCUUUAAACUGUUAUAUAUGUAUAGUAGAAAAUAGAUCAAUAUUACAUUGAUUUAAAAACUCAAACUAGAUAAUUCUUCAUUUUGUGAACAAUUAUGACAUAAGCAACAUUUGUUAACCAUGUUUUCUGAAAUGAGGAACGUAUUUUUCUUGGUUCAGAGUCUUUUCUUUAUUCUUAAGUCUAAGAAUGGUGAAGACUAGCUGGGACCUCAUGACUUCAAACCUUCUAUUGCUUUAUUAUAGACUUUAUUUUAAAAAUUUAACCAAUUGUAAAUCAAGGGUAACAUUUAAGAAGCAUACUCAUUGAUCAAUUUUUUUAAUGAAGAUUGAUUAUUAUAUCUAGGAUUUUUUUUUAACCUUUUUUGUUAAAAUGCACUUUUCUAAAGCUUACUUAUUUUAUUUAAAAAAGGAACUUCUUUUUCUCAGAAUAUUAUCAAAUAAUUCCUUGACCCUUAACCACUUAGAUACUUAUUUUGACGCAUUUGUAGUCCCUUAGAAAGUUAUAUUUAAGUUAAGACCUUUCUUACUAGAUUCACCCUCAGAUACUGAUGAGCAGCAAACAGCAUAAAACCUGAACAGUCACUGCGAGUUACUCGCAGGCUGUUCUGCUUUUAUGCCGUUUGCACAUAGCCAUUUUCACUUCUCCUCUGAGUGGGAUAGGGCUAAAGUGUAAUUGGAAGAUAAAUGAUGUCUGCAAUUUAAGUUACAAUGACAAUAAUUUUUUUUGAAAGUUUUAUUUGAGAUUUCUAUGAAUCUCUAUUCUUAAACUGCUGAUGUAAAAGUAGGGAAUAAGUUAAGCUUUCAACAAUGAGCUUUAGUUUAUUUUUCUUGAAUGUUUUGUUUAAUGUCAACUUUAUAUAUUUAAAUAAUUACCAUCUUAAAUCUGGACUUAAUGUAUUUUUUUUAUAUAAAUGCAAAUGUAUUUAAAUACAUUCUUUUAAAUGCAACUGCUCUUGACUGGCAACAAGUUUUGAACAUUCAAAAAGCGUUUGUUAUAGGAAUAUGCAACUAUUGAUUGAAGCGAUAAAGUUAUUUAGGAAGAGCCUCUAUAGCUCAAGGCAGAAAUAUAAAUCUUGUAACUGGGCCAGUGUUGAAAUACUAGCUUCAUCGAAAAAAUACAUAACAUGGCAAAGAACUGUAAAUUAUAAAACAUUUAUAAUAGUAUGCAUAGUACAAGGUAUAUAUACUUAUUUAAGUAUUGAUGGUUAUUUGAAACCUUUUGCCCACAUAUAAAGAAUAUUGGAACAAAAAACUGAGAAUAAGGAGAUUGAAUGUGGGUUCAAUUAAUUCAUAUUGACAUGUAAUUAACUGCCAGACUUGUUUGAUAAGGGAUAUUGAUGUUUAUUAAAUGGUAUUAUAUUAUUUAUUAUAUGUUUGUCAAACUUUUAUAAGGGUAUUGUAUAAACAUAAUGUUCCUUUUAUGUUUCUACUUUAAAAAGAUUUUAAAUUAUUUUUCUGUAAAGAUGUCUGUAAGUUUCCAAUUUGUUUGUGCCAUUUAAUGGUUUUAAUUUGUCAAACAAACUGAUGAGUUACCCUGAUUUUACAUUGUUGUAAAAAACAACAUGUGGAAUGUUUUAAAGAUGACAUGUUUUGGAUGUUUGUACUUGAAUCUAUGUGCAACAGUCGACAACAAUUGAUUGUAUUUAUUUUGAAUUUUAAUUGUUGACUAUAUGGCAUUAUGUAAAAUAAAACUGUGAAAUAGUUA